GUCAUGAUCGGUGAGGACAUACAAGUGUUGCCAAUGAAAACAAAAAACACUCAAGCGUUAAAAGGUUGCAUGCAAAGGAUAAUGUCUGUAGGCUGCCAUUCAGAUAAAUGAAGAGACACUCUUCAACAUGGAUGCUGCUGAAGAGGACAUUGAAACGAGAGGGAAGUACAAGAUUCCUGCUGAUGCUGCAGAGGCCUCCUGGGCUGAGCUGCAGAAGUACAUGGACGCUACACAAGUACAGACAAUAUUUCAGGAAUCACUCAGAGUUCUGCUUCAACGUCCAGAGCUUCCGUACAACCCAUACAUUGGAUUUCAUAAUCGUAUUAAAGUACAUCAGGAAAAGUUUCAUUUGUCCCAGCAAACUAGAGAGGAGAUAGUCAGAAAUCUGAACAAUGAUGUGGAGAAUCACCACAUAGAAACGGUGCACACGGUGAAGCACUACAGCAGCCUCUGGGGAGCCAAGAGCAUCAUAACCGUUAUCAAUCCGGCUGCCCUGGAGAAAUACAGGUGGCUGGUCACCACUGUGACCCCUGGCUUGCUGGCAGACAUGGAUCAAUACAAAACUGAAGUGAUGGUGGCCCUGACAGGUCCUGCAGUGUUCACGGGUGCCUUCUACACAGAUGUCCCCUCUGUGACGAUACAUGUGGAGUAUCUUGUGACUGGACCGGAGUUACAGCAGGCUAUGUAUCAGUUUGUGUCGAGCCUAAUGGCAGAUAUAGACGCUAUGUAUCAGAGCGAGCAUCAUUCGGUGCUCUCAGCAGAGAUCAGACAUGCCGAGAACGAGGGAAACAAACCCAGCAAAGUCACAUGGACCCUGCAAAGAAUAGGUCAAGAAACAGAAGAAUUUAUGGCUCAAGUGAAGGAGACAGUUCUGCUUUAUAAAUAUGUCACCUUAAAAUGCUCCUUCCAGUUGGACCCAGACGACACAAGAUAUGUCCAUGGGGACAAGAUCUACGCAUUUAACUUCAUGAAAAAUGCAGACGACUCAUUAGCACCACAAGGGAUAGAGUGCUAUGCAGAGAUACCUGCUGUGUGUGUCCAUACUGGGGUCUUCUUUGAGAAGUCAGGGGCCGAAAACUACUUCAGCAUGUAUGAACCGGAAUCCAUCAACAUGGACUUGGCACGUCUACCCCAGACUGAUGAGAGCGCAAAGGGGAACCAGAAUCCUUCACAGACCAGCCCGGAGCCAGGGACCUCCAGUAGUCACCAUGACAACUCAAUCAAAAUGAAGAUUGACGGGUUCCUCAUACCUCCCAGCGAUGACAGUGUAAUCUUCAGCUGGAGAAUCACAUCGCCUAUAAGGUCCUAUUUUCAGCAACAAGUGGCAGCAGCUUUCACUGAAGUGGCUCUAUACAAAGUGUUGUACAACCUCAUAAUAUUAACAUUGUUAGACAGGAAAAGCCUGAAGCACAGUGAGGAUGUGUUGGUUGAGGUGUGGAGGAUCUUCCAUGGCACGUAUGGACAUCUGAACGUGCUCAUGCAGCGCAACAAGGCUCUCAGGGCUGCUAUAGAGGCUGUCACCUUGGAUCAAGACUAUGGUGACAUUCGACCACUUCUAAUACAGUACAUGGAGGAUAUAGAGAUCACCCUAUGUGACUCCUUCACUGAGCGCAGUCAGGACCAAGUGAAUAUCGGACGGGUGAUGGUGGCCAGAGUACAGAGUCUUCUCCCCCUAGCUGAAAACAUACUGGCAUCUGACAGCCAUAGCAACUUUGUUAUGGAGGACCUGCACGCCCUCAACCUGUACUUAGUGCCCCUGAUGAUGGGGACUGCAGACAUCUGUCUUCAGGCCUCGGACAAAGCCACUAUGUUUAUCAGGGAGAUUAAGGAAACAUUACAACAGGCUGACCCAGAAGUAGUUCAGAGAAUAAAAAAACGCCCUGUUGAAAAGCCAGUUAAAAAGCGCCGAGGACUGUUUGGGACAACAGAGGUGCCCAAGAAGCCUGUGGUGACAGAGGAGCAGGAGGAUGAGGGGGAAUACAGCCAUGGAAGGGAGGACUCUGUGGUGUGUAACCACCGUACUUCAGUGUUACCAGUGCAGACUCUGAUAGACAAGGAAAUGUCCCCAGUCAAAGUUGUCUAUGAAACAGUACUGAUGAAGUAUAUGCUGGACUGUCAUUUUGAUGAUAUGUGGACUGGUUACUUGCUGGAACUGACUUGUGAUGUGUCCUUGCCCAGAAACCCCUUCUCCAGACUGGUCAGCUCCCUCAGACAGGCUGCCAUGAGGAUGGAUCUUUGCUAUGAGAAGCCAACGGCAGUUGUUCAGAAGGCCUUUAACUCUGAGCAGAAAAUUAAACAUAAAAAUUCAUACAUGCAUUCAAUAGCUGGAUUGGGCGUUUUUGGCCUGGAAACAGCCUUGACAUUGAUUGACACUGGUGUGAUCACCUCCAUAUUGCAAGUGCUCCAACUGAUGCAGCAGGAAGUGUACAUCCAGAAGAAGGGCCCGUACCGUGUGGGUAUCUGCCUGGCCCUUUGCGGCCCCUGCACCUGGUAUGGACGGGUGCAGCCGUACCUUAACAAGAUUGAGCUCCAGGAGCACUACUACAUCCAGGGGCCCUCUGGCUGCCAUGGGGAGGCCAUUCAGCUUUUUGCAGAACUCGUGUUUAAUAAUAUGGAAGCACUGCAAAGUAAAAGGAAAGGUAUUGGGUUAGCAGUGGGUGGGGUGUUCCUUGGAGACCCACUAACCAUACACUGGACACUGCAGGAUAUGAUGGACAAGAAGCAGGAAUUUUUGUCAUCAUUAGCCCAGACUUGUAGGCGCAAGCAGCCGAUCUAUGGCAAGGGUUGGCAAGCAAGAAACCUUCUAUGAAGAUGACCCAACAGAGUUGUACAUGAUGCUGUUUGGCUCAUAUGAAAGGGCCAUGUUCCAUUACCAGCUCAGUGGGCCUGUCAACCACAUGGAUCCACUCAGUGCAUGCAAUGUGGAGGGGCCAUCACAGUACCUUGAAGAUCGCAUGUAUGAGUGUCAGACGCGCCAUGACUGGCUUCAGUACUACAGAAACCUGCU